AUGCCAGAUCGUUCGUAUAACAACCCAAACAUCAUUUAUAACCAAGGCUAUGGUGGAUACAAUCCAUCACAACAACAGGAAACGACUCAAGAUGAUCCUACCAUACCCUGGGAUGGUCAAAAUAACAGUAAUCUUCAAGGGUCUUCCGGUCCCUAUGUAAUUCCCCAGUAUACACAAGUCGAUCCUACAGCCCAGUCAGGUAUUUGGGGUCCAGAAGGACUUCAACCUCCUCGACCUUCACUAGGGAGUAACCCAUCUUAUCCUUCUACUUACGAGAAUACGUACUCUAGCAAUUCCACGUAUGUACAAACUCAACCGCAAUCAGAUUUUCCGCAUCCUAUGGUUCGUUCUGAGAGGAGACGUGGUCAUCCACGUCCCCGAGUUGCGGGCGGGUUUUCAGUUGAUCCCGGUCAAAUGUACCAAUCUCAUGUAUCUCAGGUACUCCUUUUGAGUCAGACGCUGCUUCAUGAUGAACUUUCAAAUUACCAAAAUGAAGAUAGAAUACAAUUGGCUAGUAUGGUCCCGGAUUAUUCCUGCAUCAACGAGAUUAUCGAGCAAUGUCAGCUGGAGCUAAACCAGAAUACAAGAAACCAGAGCGAAUAUCCGAUGGAUCUCGAAACCGCUAAUAGGGCGAAAAGCAAGUUUAACACGGACAUGCGAAAUUUACUCCCCGAGCGAGAAAAACGUGUCAUUGAUGAUAUGACCAUUCUUCACUACUCUACUCGUCUGAUAUCUCAACUCGCUCGAAACGCCACCCGAUGUACUUGUACAAUUCAACAUCACCUUCACACCUCCCCUUCCUUGCCCUCUCCCCCUCGACCAAAGUCUCAUGACCUCUUGGCGAAAUAUCGUCGACCCAACGUUCCUCCCUUCACUUCAUCUCCUAUCCAGUCUGAUGCAGAGUUGAUACCCAAUGAGAACAAGGAUGUAUUCAUCACUUCCUCUCCUUCUCCCGUAUCACCAUCAUUGGCCGAAGUACCCCCACCUCAGAACGUCGACCUCAAGAUGGCACGACCCGUCCCUGCUAUGAAACCCCUCAAAUUGACAGUGGAGAAAGAGACUGUCGCUUCAACAAGUGGAGAAGGAGAGAUAUGGGUUCAAGGUAUUAUGAUACCCCCUAAACCUGUACCUCCUGGUGCUGAAGAAUGUUGCAUGAAUUCAUGUGUCAACUGCGUCUACAACCUCUAUGCCGAUGCUUUAGAAGCUUACACUGCCGCUCUUUCAGAAGCUGUAAAAGCCCUCAAAAUCGCCGACAUUCCAAGGAAAGAAUGGCCAGCAGCGGUUCUGGCGGUCGAGAGGAAAGGUCCGGGUGAGAUGGUAGCUGAAGAAGAGAGGAAGAUGGAAGAAGGUUUAGAUCCUAGCAUGGCUGCUUUUCUCGCAUUGGAAGGGAUGUUGAGGAAGAAACAAGGAGCCAAUAGAGGUCUUGGUCUGGGUUUCAUACGUCAACUCUUACUUCGCCCACAGGUCAAAACUAUCAUCGGUACUUCACGUUCCCUACCUCCUGACGAUAUCUUAGCCUCUCUUGUAGCUUCCAACAAGGGAAGAAUAAGAAGAGUGAUAUUGGAAGAUAUAUCAGAUAUCUCUUCAUGUGCUAAUUUAGCCGAGCAAAUCAAAGAUAUCUCUCCUAAUGGUGUCAACCUUUUAAUUAAUAAUGCUGGAUACGCACAUCAACCCGAUCGACGACCAGGAGUAAGAGAAACAGGUUUAUCAUUCCCCACUGUGGCAGGAGCGAAAGAUUACGAAACCACAUGGCGUACUAACGCCUUCGGACCUUUGUUAAUCACUGCGACACUUUUAGACAAUGGACUUCUGACUCCUCCUCAAAUAACGACCAACUACUCGACGGUAAACUCAGAGAAAGAGGUGGCGAUUGCAGAAGUACCGGUGGUAGUUAACAUCUCAUCAAGACAGGCAUCGUUGGGAAUGGCAGCGGAGAUGUUCACAGGUGAUGGGGAUCCUAGAGAUGAUUUAUAUUUCCAUCAUAUAUACGCGGCUAGUAAGGUGGCUUUGAGCGGGGUGACUUUACAUCUCGCUCGGACGUUACGAGAUAGAGCAAUUGUGGGGGCUAUACAUCCGGGAUUCAUCAAAACUGAGAUGGGUCGAUUAGGUGCGGAUUUAACAACGGAUCAAAGUGCUUCUCAUGUGUGA